GGAGGGAGGAGGGAAUACGCACUACCACCUACUUACUUGCACAGGUACGCUGUGAUAGAAAGCUCAGUGGUAAGCAAUGGCUGGAGGAGGCAAAAGAGGUGCAGCGUCGUCUCUUCUACUUGUGACGCUGCUCGUGACGUUGUUGGCCUUCUUCGCCACCGACGCCUCGGCGGCCCGUGUCACACCCCGUCCGCAAUCCCUCGCCAGAGCGGUACUGAGUGCGUUGGAGGCAAGGGCAGAUGGGUCGUGCUGCAGAUGCAUCUGUCCUAUGAUUUACCCACCUCCUUUUUGCGUUUGCGCCGGCGUGUGGCAAGGCUCCUGCCCUUCCGCCUGCACCAACUGCCAGUGUGUCCUGAACGAGUGCACUUGCAUUGACCAUGUGGACUACAAGGCCUGCGAGGCCGACUCCUGUGGCUGGCUUGAUGGCGUCCCCAAACUCGAGCCGUCGCAGCAGUGGGCGAUCGAAGAAACCGGUGGGAAAUUAGGGAUGAUGGUGUGAUCCGAUUGUGUUUGUGUUCGCCCGUCGUCUUAUCUCUCUCCGUCCUAUCCAUCUAUCCAUCCAUCUACUUAUAUUCUAUCUCGUGUACCGUGCGGUGUUGCUUCGCUUCGGUAAUAAAAUGCUUGUGCUUUUAUGGUGA